CUCCUGCCAGCGUUGCCUGCGGCGUCCGCCUGCCUUUGCUCCGCGUGGCCCUCGCUGUCUGCCCAGUGUCUUCGUCCUGGUGCCCAGCCCAUCACCUCCUGCUCCCCGUUCCCACCUCUCUGGUCUCCCACAGCUGGGAGACGUCAGGUCCCGCCCCAGGACCCGUGUCCGGGCUGCUGUGCCUCUCGUCCCACUCAUCAGCAACACUUGCUGUCACCUGCUUCCGCUCCUAGUUCAGAGCACAGGGGGGAGAUGCUGAAGUUCAAGUAUGGCGCGCGGCACCCACCGGACGCUGCUGCUGCUGCUGCGGAGCCCAUUGCCAGCCGGGCCUCCAGGCUGCAUCACUUCUUCCAGGGGAAGCCACCCUUCAUGACUCAGCAGCAGAUGUCUCCUCUUUCCCGAGAAGGGAUAUUGGAUGCCCUCUUUGUUCUCUUUGAAGAAUGCAGUCAGCCUGCUCUCAUGAAAAUUAAGCACGUGAGCAACUUCGUCCGGAAGUACUCCGACACCAUCGCUGAGUUACAGGAGCUCCAGCCUUCGGUGAGAGACUUUGAAGUCAGAAGUCUUGUAGGUUGUGGGCACUUUGCUGAAGUGCAGGUGGUGAGAGAGAGAGCAACCGGGGACAUCUAUGCCAUGAAAGUCAUGAAGAAGAAGGCCUUGCUGGCCCAGGAACAGGUUUCAUUUUUUGAAGAAGAACGAAACAUACUAUCUCGCAGCACCAGUCCCUGGAUCCCCCAGUUGCAGUACGCCUUCCAGGACAAAGAGAACCUUUACCUGGUCAUGGAAUAUCAGCCGGGAGGGGAUUUGCUGUCACUUUUGAAUAGAUAUGAGGACCAAUUAGAUGAAAACAUGAUUCAGUUCUACUUGGCCGAACUGAUCUUGGCUGUCCACAGCGUUCAUCAGAUGGGAUAUGUACAUCGAGACAUCAAGCCCGAGAACAUUCUCAUUGACCGAACAGGACACAUCAAGCUGGUGGAUUUUGGAUCAGCUGCUAAGAUGAAUUCAAAUAAGAUGGUGAAUGCCAGGCUCCCGAUUGGGACCCCCGAUUACAUGGCUCCUGAAGUGCUGACCGUGAUGAACGGGGAUGGGAAAGGCACCUACAGCCUGGACUGUGACUGGUGGUCGGUGGGAGUCAUCGCUUACGAGAUGGUUUAUGGGAGGUCCCCAUUCACGGAGGGAACCUCAGCCAGGACCUUCAAUAACAUCAUGAAUUUCCAGCGGUUUUUGAAGUUUCCAGAGGACCCCAAAGUCAGCAGUGAAUUUCUUGAUCUGAUUCAAAGUUUGCUGUGUGGCCAGAAAGAGAGACUGAAGUUCGAAGGUCUUUGCUGCCAUCCGUUCUUCUCUAAAAUUGAUUGGAAUAAAAUACGUGAGUCUCCACCCCCCUUCGUUCCCACCCUCCAGUCUGACGAUGACACCUCCAAUUUUGAUGAACCAGAGAAGAAUUCGUGGGCUUCCUCGUCUCCGUGCCAGCUGAGCCCCUCAGGUUUCUCGGGCGAAGAACUGCCGUUCGUGGGGUUUGCGUACAGCAAGGCGCUGGGGAUUCUUGGUAGAUCUGAGUCUGUCGUGUCGAGUCUGGACUCCCCUGCCAAGACUAGCUCGAUGGAAAAGAAACUUCUCAUCAAAAGCAAAGAGCUGCAGGACUCUCAGGACAAGUGCCACAAGAUGGAGCAGGAAAUGACCCGGUUACAUCGGAGAGUGUCAGAGGUGGAGGCUGUGCUUAGUCAGAAGGAGGUGGAGCUGAAGGCCUCUGAGACUCAGAGAUCCCUCCUGGAGCAGGACCUUGCUACCUACAUCACAGAAUGCAGUAGCUUAAAGCGAAGUUUGGAGCAAGCGCGGAUGGAGGUGUCCCAGGAGGAUGACAAAGCACUGCAGCUUCUCCAUGAUAUCAGGGAGCAGAGCCGGAAGCUCCAGGAGAUCAAAGAACAGGAGUACCAGGCUCAGGUGGAGGAGAUGAGGUUGAUGAUGAAUCAGUUGGAAGAGGACCUCGUGUCUGCGAGGCGACGCAGUGACCUCUACGAAUCCGAGCUGAGAGAGUCUCGGCUCGCCGCCGAGGAGUUCAAGCGGAAAGCGACAGAGUGCCAGCACAAACUGAUGAAGGCUAAGGAUCAAGGGAAGCCUGAAGUGGGUGAAUAUUCCAAACUAGAGAAGAUCAAUGCUGAACAGCAGCUCAAAAUUCAGGAACUCCAAGAGAAGCUGGAGAAGGCUGUCAAAGCCAGCACAGAGGCCACCGAGCUGCUGCAGAACAUCCGGCAGGCAAAGGAGCGCGCCGAGAGGGAGCUGGAGAAGCUGCAGAACCGAGAGGACUCUUCCGAAGGCAUCAGAAAGAAGCUGGUCGAAGCCGAGGAACGCCGCCAUUCUCUGGAGAACAAGGUUAAGAGGCUAGAGACCAUGGAGCGUAGAGAAAACAGACUGAAGGAUGACAUCCAGACAAAAUCCCAACAGAUCCAGCAGAUGGCUGAUAAAAUCCUGGAGCUGGAGGAGAAACACCGGGAAGCCCAGGUCUCAGCGCAGCACCUGGAAGUACACUUGAAACAGAAAGAGCAGCACUACGAGGAAAAAAUCAAAGUGUUGGACAAUCAGAUAAAGAAAGACCUGGCUGAUAAGGAGAGUCUGGAGAACCUGAUGCAGAGACACGAAGAGGAGGCCCACGAGAAAGGCAAAAUCCUCAGUGAGCAGAAGGCGAUGAUCAAUGCCAUGGAUUCCAAGAUCAGAUCCCUGGAACAGAGGAUCGUGGAGCUGUCUGAAGCCAAUAAACUUGCAGCAAAUAGCAGUCUUUUUACCCAAAGGAACAUGAAGGCCCAGGAAGAGAUGAUUUCUGAACUCAGGCAACAGAAAUUUUACCUGGAGACGCAGGCUGGGAAACUGGAGGCCCAGAACCGGAAGCUGGAAGAACAGCUGGAGAAGAUCAGCCACCAGGACCACAGUGACAAGAACCGGCUGCUGGAGCUGGAGACGCGGUUGCGGGAGGUCAGCCUGGAGCACGAGGAGCAGAAGCUGGAGCUGAAGCGCCAGCUCACGGAGCUGCAGCUCUCCCUGCAGGAGCGCGAGUCCCAGCUGACGGCGCUGCAGGCGGCGCGGGCGGCGCUCGAGAGCCAGCUGCGCCAGGCCAAGACCGAGCUGGAGGAGACGACCGCCGAGGCGGAGGAGGAGAUCCAGGCGCUCACGGCACAUAGAGAUGAAAUCCAGCGCAAAUUUGAUGCCCUUCGUAACAGCUGUACUGUCAUCACAGACCUGGAGGAGCAGCUGAACCAGCUGACUGAGGACAACGCCGAACUCAACAACCAGAACUUCUACUUGUCCAAACAACUCGAUGAGGCUUCCGGUGCCAACGACGAGAUUGUCCAGCUGCGGAGUGAAGUGGACCAUCUGCGCCGGGAGAUCACGGAGAGAGAGAUGCAGCUCACCAGCCAGAAGCAAACGAUGGAGGCGCUGAAGACGACCUGCACGAUGCUGGAAGAACAGGUCAUGGAUCUGGAGGCCCUGAACGACGAGCUGCUGGAGAAGGAGCGGCAGUGGGAGGCCUGGAGGAGCGUCCUCGGCGACGAGAAGUCCCAGUUCGAGUGUCGAGUUCGAGAGCUCCAGCGCAUGCUGGACACCGAGAAGCAGAGCAGGGCGAGGGCCGACCAGCGGAUCACCGAGUCUCGCCAGGUGGUGGAGCUGGCGGUGAAGGAGCACAAGGCCGAGAUCCUCGCUCUGCAGCAGGCUCUCAAGGAACAGAAGCUGAAAGCCGAGAGCCUCUCCGACAAGCUCAAUGACCUGGAGAAGAAGCAUGCCAUGCUUGAAAUGAAUGCUCGGAGCUUACAACAGAAACUGGAGACUGAACGAGAGCUCAAGCAGAGGCUUCUGGAAGAGCAAGCCAAGUUACAGCAGCAGAUGGACCUGCAGAAGAACCACAUCUUCCGUCUGACUCAGGGGCUGCAGGAAGCCCUGGACCGGGCUGAUCUGCUGAAGACAGAGAGGAGUGACCUGGAGUAUCAGCUGGAGAACAUCCAGGUUCUGUAUUCUCACGAAAAGGUGAAAAUGGAAGGCACGAUUUCUCAACAAACCAAACUCAUUGAUUUUCUGCAAGCCAAAAUGGACCAACCCGCUAAAAAGAAAAAGGGUUUAUUUAGUCGACGGAAAGAGGACCCUGCUUUGCCCACACAGGUUCCUCUGCAGUACAAUGAACUGAAGCUGGCCCUGGAGAAGGAGAAAGCUCGCUGUGCCGAGCUGGAGGAGGCCCUGCAGAAGACCCGCAUCGAGCUGCGCUCUGCCCGGGAGGAAGCUGCCCACCGGAAAGCCGCAGAACACCCGCACCCGUCCACGCCGGCCACUGCGAGGCAGCAGAUCGCCAUGUCCGCCAUCGUGCGGUCGCCCGAGCACCAGCCCAGUGCCAUGAGCCUGCUGGCCCCGCCGUCCAGCCGCAGAAAGGAGUCUUCCACUCCAGAGGAAUUUAGUCGGCGUCUUAAGGAGCGCAUGCACCACAAUAUCCCUCACCGGUUUAACGUGGGCCUGAACAUGCGAGCCACCAAGUGCGCUGUGUGUCUGGACACGGUGCACUUCGGACGCCAAGCAUCCAAGUGUCUCGAGUGCCAGGUGAUGUGUCAUCCCAAGUGCUCCACCUGCUUGCCUGCCACCUGCGGCCUGCCCGCCGAAUACGCCACGCACUUCACCGAGGCCUUCUGCCGCGACAAAAUGAACUCCCCGGGUCUCCAGACCAAGGAGCCCAGCAGCAGCCUGCACCUGGAGGGGUGGAUGAAGGUGCCCAGGAAUAACAAGCGAGGACAGCAAGGCUGGGACAGGAAGUACAUUGUCCUGGAGGGAUCAAAAGUCCUCAUUUACGACAACGAAGCCCGAGAAGCUGGACAGAGGCCGGUGGAAGAAUUUGAGCUGUGCCUUCCCGACGGGGACGUAUCUAUCCACGGGGCCGUUGGUGCUUCUGAACUCGCAAACACAGCCAAAGCAGAUGUCCCGUAUAUCCUGAAGAUGGAGUCUCACCCGCACACCACCUGCUGGCCCGGGAGGACCCUCUACUUGCUAGCUCCCAGCUUCCCUGACAAGCAGCGCUGGGUCACUGCCUUGGAGUCGGUGGUCGCAGGUGGGAGAGUUUCUAGGGAGAAGGCCGAAGCCGAUGCCGCCCGGGACAGUACUCUCUUGGAGCUUCUGCCUGCGUGGGUUCAGAAAUGGCUGGGAAACUCCCUGCUGAAACUGGAAGGCGAUGACCGGCUGGACAUGAACUGCACGCUGCCCUUCAGCGACCAGGUGGUAUUGGUGGGCACCGAGGAAGGACUGUAUGCCCUGAAUGUCUUGAAAAACUCCCUGACCCACGUCCCAGGAAUCGGAGCAGUCUUCCAAAUCUAUAUCAUCAAGGACCUGGAGAAGCUUCUCAUGAUAGCAGGAGAAGAGCGGGCCCUGUGUCUCGUGGACGUGAAGAAAGUGAAGCAGUCCCUGGCGCAGGCUCACCUGCCCGCCCAGCCCGACAUCUCGCCCAAUGUUUUCGAAGCCGUCAAGGGCUGCCACUUGUUUGCUGCAGGCAAGAUUGACAACGGGCUCUGCAUCUGUGCAGCCAUGCCCAGCAAAGUCGUCAUCCUCCGCUACAACGAGAACCUCAGCAAGUACUGCAUCCGCAAAGAGAUCGAGACCUCAGAGCCCUGCAGCUGUAUCCACUUCACCAAUUACAGUAUCCUCAUCGGAACCAACAAAUUCUACGAGAUUGACAUGAAGCAGUACACGCUAGAGGAAUUCCUGGAUAAGAACGACCACUCCUUGGCGCCCGCUGUGUUUGCCUCCUCGUCCAACAGCUUCCCUGUCUCGAUCGUGCAGGUGAACGGCGCAGGGCAGCGAGAGGAGUACUUGCUGUGCUUCCACGAAUUUGGGGUGUUCGUGGAUUCUUAUGGAAGGCGUAGCCGCACGGACGACCUCAAGUGGAGCCGCUUGCCCUUGGCCUUCGCCUACAGAGAACCCUACCUGUUUGUGACCCACUUCAACUCACUGGAAGUGAUUGAGAUCCAGGCGCGCUCCUCGCUGGGGACCCCUGCUCGAGCGUAUCUGGAAAUCCCGAACCCACGCUACCUGGGCCCCGCCAUCUCCUCGGGAGCCAUUUACCUGGCGUCCUCGUACCAGGAUAAGGUCAGGGUCAUCUGCUGCAAAGGAAACCUCGUGAAGGAGCCCGGCACUGACCACCACCGGGUCCCCUCCACCUCCCGCAGCAGCCCCAACAAGCGAGGCCCGCCGACGUACAACGAGCACAUCACCAAGCGCGUGGCUUCCAGCCCGGCGCCACCCGAAGGCCCCAGCCACCCCCGAGAGCCAAGCACACCCCACCGCUACCGCGAGGGGCGGACAGAGCUGCGCAGGGACAAGUCUCCUGGCCGCCCCCUGGAGCGCGAGAAGUCCCCGGGCCGCAUGCUGAGCACGCGGAGGGAGCGGUCCCCCGGGAGGCUGUUCGAAGACAGCAGCAGGGGCCGGCUGCCGGUGGGAGCAGUGAGGACCCCACUGUCCCAGGUUAACAAGGUCUGGGACCAGUCUUCAGUAUAAAUCUCAGCCAGAAAAACCAACUCCUCAUCUUAAUCUGCAGGAAAAUACCAAACACACCACGGAACUCCGCUGAAGGGGACCACAGCGGCCGUCGGUUCAGCUGCCCCCGGCACAGCCGGGCCCAGACCCGCCUCGGCACGGACACCCGUCUCCUGGAGGUGCAGGUGGCUGUGGCUCCUCCUCGGCUCCUCCUGCAGUCAUCUUUGCACUUUGUUACUCCUUCAAAGCAUUCAGCAACUUUUGUAAAGCUUUAGCCUGUACCAGCUCAUCAGAGGAAACCAACCGGGACGCCUCCUAACUACGGCGUGGUUAGACUCCUAGUUAGCUGCUCUCAGAUCGUAGGCUUGGUUGGUUUUUCUUUUGGUUUUGGUUUGUUUCCGUUUUUGUUUUGUUUUGUUUUGUUUUUUAAGACCACGGAAUUCUUAAUAGAUUUGAAUAGCAAUGUA